AUGGGUGUGACUGGCUGACUGCCGAGUAUUAUCGGCCAUGGUGUUGCUGCAAAGGAAAAAGAAUGAUGUCAACAGUGAGGCUGAUGUGUUUGUAAUCCCAUUCGGUUCCUGGACCAAGUCGGAAGCGGGUGGAUUCUGGUGGAAAUCUCCAAGCUUGGUAUAGUCAUAAUGGAAUAUGUCAAAAGGGAAUUUCGGCUCAAAAACUUUGGCUUUUGCGACACAUCACCGGAGGAGUUUUACCGAUUUCAGUUCUAUUGGCCAAGUCAGCCGACAAGCUAUGUUGUCUACCGUGUAAUCAUCGCUUUCUACCAGACCCUAUGGAACUCCUUGGUCAUCAUUUACUGGGACGAUACUCGCUUCUAUCGGCCUAUCGAUAGCAAAGCAAAAUGGCCGAUAUAUCUGUCGAACUGGUCCUUUUUCUUCCUCACCUUGUAUUUCGUCAUAGCUGCGGCGUCUGCUGUGACGUAUCAUUUCAACAAGAACAAGGCUAAAGUAUCUUCGACAUCACCAGAGUCAGUUCGGAUGGGAUCCAUCAAAACAACUUCACCGAUUCUACCCUCGACCGAGGAUCCGGCAGAACCGGACUCCUCCCUUACCAGUCGACCGUUACCAUGGUACUUCAAGGUCACGUGGUGCCUCCAGACUAUUGCGUCAUCCGCCGUUCUCUUCGUUGCCAUGGGUUACUGGUUCUUCGAAUACGACCCAGCGCUGGAGAAACUCCACGUCUUCACCCUCCACGUGCACGCCGUCGGGACGGUUCUGGCAAUAAUCGACUUUACGGUUUCCGCGCAUCCGUUCCGGAUACUCCACUUCGUCUAUCCGAUGUUAUAUUUCACGGUGUAUGUGAUAUUCACCGUCAUUUACUACUACGCGGGGGGUCUAAACCCGUACGGUGGUAAGGAGAUGUACGAGGGGUUGAUAGAUUGGGAAGAUGGUGUAAAACCAAGCGUCUUCAUGGCUUUAAUGUUUACCUUUGUGGUUGGUCCGGUGUUACAUGCCAUGUAUUUUGGACUGUACCUCUUGCGUCGUCUCGUGGCCGGAGAGAUUUCGGUGUCGUGUCAGCGGUGUCGAAGGAAUAAGGGAAGUGAUAGGGAUGACAGAACGGGAUGGACAGGCGAUGUAGAAAAGGACGAGGAUCGAAAGAGACUGGACAAUAAUAUUGAAAAUGGCAUCGCAGAAUGAAUAUAUUUUCAAUGUAUUGAUAUACACAAUUAAUCAUUAGUGGCGUCCUAGGACCUAUUUAACAAAGGUGAUGAUGAUAACGAUGAUGAUGAUGCUGCUGCAUGAUGAUGAUGGUGGUGGUGAUGAUGAUGGUCAUGAUACUGCAUGGUGAUGGUAUGAUGAUGAUGGUAAUAAAAAUAAUGACGACAAUAAUGAUGAUGGUGGCAUUGGUGGCGGUUAUGUUCCACAGCAUAAAAUGGACCCAUAUAAAAUGUUUCAAGAUAUUCAAAGGCAUAUUCUCAUCCAAUAAAUUUGGUCUUUGAUGUGCGCCAAUUGAUGUUACGUGAUACUGUUGAGUACAGCUUUAUAGUCUAAGUGAUCCAGGGCUUCAGUUCGUUCAGCUAGUUCAAUGACACAAAAGCUGACAAUUUAAAACUAUCAACUGCAAUCUUACUUUCUGGUAAAUAAAAAGUAACUAUUUCAUACGCAUUUCAUUACACUUGUUUUUUCAUGAAAAUUCAUUGGCCGAGAUUCAAAUUAUCAAUAGUGACCUAACGUUUCAGGAGCGCUCCCGUCCUUGAUCAUGUAUUUGCCUCUCAGCAAGAAUAGGUAGUUUUCGCAUUUACCAUGGGGGAAACUCUUUACAACGCAUCGAUUCCUUUAAAAAUGCAACUUUAAAUCACAAUGAGGCUUUUGUCGAAAGUUGGUGGACUGGGAAAACAUAUCAUCCGAAUAAUUGCACCUGACAAACAAUUGCAAAUAUGUCGUUGUCCAGAGUCCAGAGAUUCCGAUGCUGUCCCGGUCCACCAAUUGUCGACAAAAGCGACUCAGCUCUUCAUUGUGCUUUGACUUGUAUUGUUAUAGGAAGUGGUGCGUUGCAGAGAGUUUCUCCGUAGUAAAUGCGAAAAGUUCGGAAUAACAGAAAACACUCAGUAACGAAAUCCCUGAGUUUGUUUCAAGUAAAUUGCCACUUGGUCUACACCCACUUGGUCUACUUCCCGUUUGGUCUCAUUCCUCGUGGUCGAAUUCUAGCUCGUCCCCAACCAGUCUACUAACCAUCUGGCCUACAUCUCAUUUAGCACAUUACCAGUUCGUCUAAUUUUGCCAUUCAGUCAAUUAACAUUCUCUGUGUCUAAUUUGAAGUUAGGAUACAACCACCUCGCCUAAUAUCCACUUGGUCUAAUGCUCUUUGGUCUAAUUUUAUGGUCUGUAUAUGAAUCAAAUUUUCAUUUUACAAAAUGCAAAAUAAUUAUUAGACUAAAUGGGAACUAAUCUAUCAGGGAGUUAGGGUAAAUGAUGAUUGGACUAAAUGAGCAUAAGAACAAGUGCAGUGUACACUAGACGGUAAAUACAGACCAAAUUGGUAUAGCCCUUAUGGUAUUAUAGACUAUAUGAGACGUAGAUCACUAUCAGCAUCUGAUAUGUAUAUAUUGGUUAUUCUCUGUGUAUUAUGAUCCUUGAAGUACUUUAUAAAGUUUAGGUAACAUUUCAUAGCAUUUCAGUCAAGUUCAUUUCUAAAUUGUGGCUUAUCUAUCAUUAUCAUUGACUAUACUUUUGAAAAUGAACUUUAUAUUCCAUAUUUCUUUUCAUCAGCAAUAAGUAACCUCGCAACAACUUUGAAAUUCUAUGAAUCGAUUUUUUUACGUCCUUUUCCAAAGAUGCAUCGAGGACCGCUAUUCACAAACAGAAGAGGGGCUUCUGGCUAAAUAUAAAGACAUAACAUUGUAAUGAAUAUAAACACUGCUAAAAACAUCAUAGAUGCAGUUUAUUUUCACAAUUAUAUUCAAAUGUUGUUAUACUAUUUAGAAACUAAAACCAUUAUACAGAAUAAGGUUUAUUACUCAUUAACAUUAAGGGAACUUUUAAUAGACUAUUCUUACAAUAAGCUCCAAUAUAAUAAUGUGGUCACUUUUCGUUCGUUAGAUGCUAUAUCAAAAAUAAAACACUGAGUAAAGUUGCUAUUAAA